AUGACUUUUGCUCUUUGUGCACCAAGAACCCCUACUUUCAGUCAACUCCUAUCACGUCUUGCCCAGAGACGUGGGAUUGCAACUCCUACUACCAUGACACCCCGUAUCAUCGACACGAUCAAAAAAGAUCACCGGGAUAUUGAAUCGUACUAUGGCAAGAUAAUCACCUCCAAGGACGAGGAUGAACAAACUCGUUUCCAGAAUCUGUUCACCUGGGAACUAGCUCGACACUCCAUUGGAGAAGAGCUUGUUGUUUACCCUCUCUUCGAGAAACUUCUCCCCGGUGGCAUGGAAAUGGCCAAUAAGGACCGUGACCAGCAUCAGAAAGUUAAAACGCAAUUGAAGGCGUUCCAAAACAUGACACCUUCAAAUACGCAGUUUGUUCCUGCUGUCAGGGAGCUGAUGGAGGACCUUGCUGAACAUAUCAAAGAGGAGGAGACUGAAGAUUUGCCUAAACUGGAGGACGCAUUGUCUCAAGAGGAGAGUGAGGGCCUUUCUCAGAGCUUUGGACGAACGAAGAUGUUCGUCCCUUCGCGUUCUCAUCCUAGCGCACCAGACAGGCCUCCGUACGAGACAGUUGUGGGGCUUCUAACGGCGCCGAUGGAUCAUCUGGCGGACCUCUUCCGUAAGUGGCCUGAUACUUCGGGGAUGCCUAAUCCCUCUACGAAAUAA